UAAGCAGACGAAUUGACGCAUGCCAUUUCAUAAGAUACGCAUGCACUCUUGACCCAUCAAACUGCACGUCUAGCACGAGUAUUGUUUUAAAGGCUCAUGAAAUAUCGAAAAUGAAUGUCGCUUCAUUACCGGGAACGGCGACUUUGCUGGAAGAUUUGGACAAAAAGGUCAUAGUAGUACUCCGCGAUGGACGAACUUUAAUAGGAUAUCUCAGAAGUGUUGAUCAGUUUGCCAACUUAGUUUUACAUCGAACUAUCGAGAGGAUUCAUGUUGGAAAAGAAUAUGGGGAUAUUCCAAGAGGAGUAUUUAUUGUUCGAGGAGAGAAUGUUGCCCUGUUGGGUGAAAUUGACUUGGAAAAAGAAGAAAGAAUUCCUCUUACACAAGUUGGUGUUGAAGAUAUCCUUGAAGCCCAAAGACUAGAACAAGAAGAAAAACAGGCCAAGGAAAAAGUAAGACUGAAGAGACUUAAAGAACUAGGACUACAGUCCACUGUUGCAGAUUACACUCAUGAUGAUGCUUUUUAGUUAUGAAGCUUGUGAAAAUUGUUUUGAUUCGUGACAGGGAAAACAAAUAAACGAUUCCUUUUGUAUA